AAUCACACCUCGUAACUAUCAUUGCCCUCGUAAAUAAAUCUAGGGAAAUUUCACACUGAAUCAUUGGCAAUCCUGAAAAUAAAGCAUAACCUCACAACCGGAACCCUCAAAUUUGUUUAUCAAUUAUUGAUCAACAAUUAGGACUACAAUGGACGGCGAGGGUGAUAGCGAAAAAAGAAAACGAAUGUCUUGCGGAAUAUACAUAAGUUGUCCACCGCAGAUAAAGAGUGCUUUGGAAACGUGUUUUCAAUGCGGAUACCAUUUUGUAGUAACACAGCUAACACAUCCAAACUAUGCUAGAGAACUGUUAGAGAAUCCACCACCUGCCAUCGGCAGAACAGACAGAAUACUUAAAGGCAGUGAAUGGAGUAGAUUAGUAGUAGGUGAGCUAAACAAAACAAUUGACGUGGACAGCGAAGUGGAGCACAUCAGAGAACAAAGUAAGGCUUUGUUACUGCAAGAAUUGGGUUUGGCCUCGCACUUAAGCAUCCCUGCAGUAUUACUAACACUGGAAAACCCGGUCAACACCCAACUAGCAAGAAUUAUCUAUGAUAAAAUUCUGUCCGGUUAUGAUUAUGGUAUAUGGGUGACCGUACCAAUGGUACACCCAUCAAGGUUCUGCCCCCUCGCGGACGAAAAGCACGAAUCGUGGCAAUGGUGGGACGAUUUUCGAACUUACUGCCACUACGACAACAGGAUAGGUGUGGUUCUCGAAAUGCCUGACAUUAAUCAUAUGCCAACUACAGCCGAAGUGGACAGAUGGAUCGGUGAGCCUGUUAAGGCAUUGGUUGUGCCUGCCUCUCUCUUUUUGUUGAACCAGUACAACAAACCGGUACUUCCCAAAGCUCACCAGGAGCUAAUCAAGAGAUUUAUGACCAUUGAUGUUCAGUACAUCAUUAAAAGUGAUACUGAGAUGGAUAUCACGCAUUAUCAGGGGUAUUUGAACUUUUUGGGGAAGAAGUUGUACACUAAUGACACUACUUCUGAGUUUGUUCAAGGCUGUGAAGAUUACCUCCAAAACCCUCUCCAACCCCUAACAGAACACCUAGAAGCCAACAUAUACGAGGUGUUCGAAAAAGACCAAGUAAAAUAUGACACCUAUCAGAACGCCAUCUAUAAAGCCCUUGAAACGUGGCCCAAGGACAGCAAAGUGGACCCUGUUGUCAUGGUGGUGGGGGCUGGAAGAGGUCCGCUAGUACAGGCAGUUUUAAAUGUAUCCUACACUUUACAUAGGAAAGUUAAAGUUUAUGCUGUCGAAAAAAAUCCCUAUGCUGUUAACACCUUGAUGGACAGGAAUAGAAACGAAUGGAAUAGUAAAGUUACUCUGGUUUACUGUGAUAUGAGAACGUAUGAGCCCCCUGAGAAAGCUGAUAUAUUGGUGUCAGAACUGCUUGGUUCGUUUGGUGAUAAUGAACUGUCUCCAGAAUGUUUGGAUGGUGCUCAGCGAUUCCUAAAAAAGACAGGAAUCUCAAUUCCCUACAUUUACACUUCCUUUAUAGCUCCCAUACAAAGCUUGAAGAUUUUUACUGAAAUAAAACGCAACAGAACUCUGGACAAAACGCUUCAAUCGAUAUAUGAAACACCUUAUGUAGUGCAUUUGGCAAAUUACUAUCAAAUUGCGCCACCACAGGAGUUGUUUUCGUUCACCCACCCUAACUGGAGUAAAAGGAUAAACAAUCAAAGAUACAAAAAAUUGAGUUUUAGUUGCAGUCAAACUUGCGUUCUUACCGGUUUUGCGGGAUUUUUUGAUACCUUUCUUUAUGAAGACGUUAAUUUGAGUAUUCACCCUGAAACGCAUUCACCAGAUAUGGUCAGCUGGUUCCCAAUUGUAUUUCCAUUACAGAAUCCGGUUCAUGUAAAAGAAGGCACAAAAAUAGAAAUUUCGUUUUGGAGGGCGGAAUCUCCAGAUAAAGUUUGGUAUGAAUGGUGUUUAGAAUCUCCAGUCAAACAAAGUAUCAAGAAUCCACAUGGCAGGUCCUAUUUUAUUAAAAAACAUUAGUGCUAUGUUUUAUUGUUAAUGUUUUAAAACUUAGAAUUUUAAUUUUUUUUACUAUUUUUAUAAAAAAAAGUUUUAAUUUCAAGAAUUGUUUUAAUUAACCUUAGGUCAUCAAUCAAUCAAUAAAAAAAGUUCAUGAGCGCUCAAGAAUUAAUUUUACAAAAAAUCGAUAAUAUCAUUGUAAAAAUUAAAAUAAUAAAAUACAUUAGAAAGUUUUUGGUUUAUUUGUUUGUCUUUAACAAUCUUAUUUUUAUUAAAAUCAUUUUCUUCUAAACUUAUCUAAAGUAUAGUUAAGAACUUG